AUGUCCACUUCAUCUACAGUAAGUUUGUCAUCACCCACUCCUUCAGGUAUAUCCUCUUCUUUGUGGGUUUUCGAUUCUAUUGCAUCUCCUCAUAUAUCCCCUAGCUUCUCUUCAUUUGCAUCUAUACAUCCAUCAUUUUCUUCAAAUUCUGUGGUAACUGCUGAUGGCACUUCUGUGACUUUAAAGGGUAUUGGUUCCAUUCAUACUCAUAAUUUCUCACUUUCAGAUGUUUAUUGCAUUCCCAACCUAACCAUGAGUCUUGUCUCUGUUGGUCAAUUGUGUGAUACUGGUUAUUCUAUUCAUUUUUCCUUUACCUUUUGUCAUGUGCAGGAUCCUAAAUCCAGGAAGCUUAUUGGGAAAGGCCGUAGAGAGGGUGGCAUAUAUGUUUUGGAUGAGCUGCGUGUUCCUGAUCAUGUGGCAACAUCAGGAGUAGACCUCUCCUCAUUCCACUUGGAUUCCUCAUCCUCUAUUUCUUAUUUGUGGCAAUCUAGACUCGGUCAUGUGUCGGCAUCUCAUUUAAAAUUUUUGGUAUCUAGUGAUGUUUUGGGUGACUUACAGAUAAAUGAUACUUCUAACUAUAGUGGUUGCAAAUUGGCAAAGUUUUUUGCAUUACCUUUUAAUCACAGCAUGUCUAAGUCAGUUGCACCUUUUGAUCUAAUUCACUAUGAUGUGUCGGUAGUUAUUCACCCACUUUGUGUGCCUACCUCGUAUAAGGAGGCUUCUUGUGAUCCUCCUUGGGACUUGGUGUCACUCCCUCCUAGUAAGAAAUCAAUUGGUUCUCAUUGGGUUUACAAGAUCAAAAUGAAGUUAGAUGGCUCUAUUGAGCGAUACAAAGCUCGUUUGGUUGCUAAGGGUUUUACCCAAGACUAUGGUAUGGAUUAUGAGGAUACUUUUGCCCCAGUUGCCAAGAUGACAACUGUUCAGGCUCUUAUUACUGUAACCUCUAUUUGUCGGUGGGCUAUUUCUCAAUUGGAUGUUAAAAAUGCCUUCUUGAAUGGGGAUUUGAAAGAGGAAGUGUGUGAUGAUGUUGGUGGUAUUAUGGAGUUGAAAACAAUGUUGGCUCAGGAGUUUGACAUGAAGGAUUGGGGCCACUCCGCUACUUCUUGGGAAUUGAAGUAG